UGUAUUUGUACCAUCAUCUGCACUAAACACCUUGCCGAAGUACUGUGCAAUGCAAGUGUUUACUUUGAUAGCACAAACGCACGGAAGGUAGGGGCCAAGCAGGCCAUGCUACCAUCCUAUCACACAAGGCAGUAAAUCCGGUUACGUCAAAGGGUGUUCACUUCGGCCAACCUUUCGGUGGCGCUUGCCACCCGAUAGACCUUGAACAGGUCCGGCUACUCCCCGGACGCAGGGCGCGCACUUUGCAUAAUGCGCUACCUUGCUUCAUUCGCUGCAGUGUUCCGGGCUGUUUAUGCAGCUGCACGCCCCACUGCAUCCAAGAUGGGUGCACACUGCACAUUCGUUACGGUUGCCAUCAUGCUCCCUUUUUACGACCUGCCAUUCUAAACAACCAUCUUAUCAGUGUCACCAUCGGGUGCAGGUUAUAGGUUCCGGUGUUAUUCUUCAGUCUUUCGCAAUUGCUUUCGCAAACGUGUCUAAAUGAUCGUCAAAGGGUUACAUCGUCGUCGGUUAGAACGAGUGUCCCCGAUCCAGCAUUGCACCGAGCAAAGCAGACGGGAACCCGUCGUUUUUAGACAUGGCCAAGCUGGCCAAGGACGUUUUGCUCGAAUGGAUGGGCGACACAUGCGUCGACAUAAUGAUAAGAAAAAACCUUGCGUAACAUACGGUUCCAGUAAGCCACAAUCGUGCAAGCAGAUAUAAGCAAACGGUAACUUAUUGUGCUGCUGCAGAGAGCAUUCGGUGACUUGGCUGGCCGGAAAGGUUCGUCGCUUCUGUUGAAGUCUUUCGUGUUGGAAUGGCGCAUCCGGAGAGAUUGCUGUUGCUUACACUGCUGCUUUCGCUUGUGGCCCACCAAUCGACACCGGUUGCUGCUUUCGAAGAUUUUCUGGACGACAUCUUCUCCAUUUUCUUCGACUCGGACAGCGAAAGUGAAUCGGAAGAACCGAUCCAGGUGAAUGGAAAGCAUGCCACGAUCAACGUAAUGUGCGACAACUGCACACUGACAAUCAACUGUCCCAACUGUAGCAGCAUGGCGAUGGCACCGAUGCCUUCCAGUACUGCGCAACCGAACGAUGCUAGCUCGCCAACUGCUGCACCGGCACCGGCUGCACCAUCCACUACUGCGGCCGCAGUAACAACGGCAGCAACGGAAGUGACUACAGCAGCUACUACUGCUGCUGCUGUUGCUGCUCCUGCAGGUUCAACCGUGCCGGCCAACACGACAAUGGCCGAUGGAAACGACGGUAUGGCGUCCAUGUCGACGGCCGAUGCCGAAACUACCACUGCUGCUGCUUUCUAAGCGGUUUCGUGCGCUUUGCGCCAUCAUGGAAUGGGCUGGUCGUUGUGAAAACGAAAUAUGGUCCACUAGUUUUAAUGUGCUUUGGUAUUUUUUACUUCCAUAAUUCUCUUUCUUCUGGGAAUUAUUUAAUAAAUAAACGAAUUUAAGGAAGAUUUAUCUCUUUCU